AUGCAGCCUGUUCAACAGGUCUUAAGCCCUUCCCUGAACAUCAGCUCACCUCCCGAAACUCUCCAUGUACUUUCCGGUUCCUUCCGCUCCCUUUCACUCUUCCUACUCGCGUUCUCACCCGCUGCAAGGACAUUGUCACUGUUACAUCAGGUUCCCGGCUUCGGACCUCACCAAUAUAUUGGUACUAAUCGGGACAAGAUUAAAACUGCGUAUACAACAAGCUGGGCUGCUCCUCCAAUACUGUCUAGCUGGGAAAUUACAUCAGAUUGGCACCUCAAUCACCUCGAUAAUGUCCCAAUCACUGCUGUGUCUUCUUAUAUUUCUCUCCCCCAUCCAUAUACGCAUCUAUACUCUAUGGGUGGACCUACAGGCGAAGUUCACCUCCUCUCGCCUCAAAGUGGUUCAUUCAUGGAAAAAGUUCAAGAAGUCCUCUUUGUUCCUCCCGACAAAUUAGCAGAUACGGAUAAGUCUCGAAAGGCGUUGAGGUACGGCUCACACGCGAUCGAGUUUGCUCAUCUUCCUGGCACAAAUACUCGAUUGGCCUUCGUGCCAGUACUUGGGACCAACUCGAUCGAAGUCUACACGCAUGAUCCUGAUUCGGGAUUUUUGACCCACGUCUAUUCCUCACCGUCUCCGCGUUCUGGAGUCGAGGAUGGUCCGAGACAUGUCAAGGUUCAUCCUAAUGGUAAGAUAUUGUAUUGCGUCACGGAGCAUAAUAACCUCCUCGACGUUUAUUCUUUCCGUGCAACGGGCAGAUCUGAUUCGAGCACCGAAUGGUCAAACAACCCUCUCAAGUAUCUCGGUACCCGUUCGCUUCUUCCCCCCAACCUCUCAUAUCCAUCCGCAUCGAUUCAGACUAUCCAUCGAUUCAGAGGAGACACACUGAUGCUUGGACCAAGCGUUGGAGCAGGGCAGUGGCCGACAGAGAUAUGGGCUACGACACGCGGUUCGACGGAAGAUGACCGAGGAUGGGUCAGUGUGUUCAAGUUGGAUCAGGAUGGGAUGUUCGCUCCCUUCAACUCAUCUGGCAAGUCUUUUAGCGAAGAGGAAGGAGUCGAACGAUACGAAACGCCAACUUCUGGAGGCAAGGCUCAUGCCAUAGAUUUGUAUCCGAAAUCUUCUUCGUCACUCAAUGUCCCCUACUUAGAAUCUCGUGUAGGAUCCCCUGUGUGGAUCCUGCUCACUGACGACUCGGACUAUGCUGCCGGCGAAGUACGCGAUGGACCUUCUAUAUUGAGCCAACCAGUCAAAAGGAGUAACCCGGUCGGUGGCGUCCGCGUGCUUGAAUGGGAUAGUUGGUCAAGCGGUGGUAUUCGGGAGGUUGUGAGUUGGCCAUCGGCGGGAAAACGGGAUGGCAAAGCUGAAAUUGUGGAUGAGGAAGCAGGGGUUACUGAACAGGUUGUGGAGCAAGGAAGUGACGAGGAGAGGCUAAUGCGUGGAGGCAGUCAUGCUGUGUGGUUAGAUUAG